AUGGCUUCUGGAUACGGCUUGAACGGCGGUCAAAACCGCUGCUACCCCUUCUGGCAAGAAGUUCUCGGAUGCUACGUUGUCAACUCCGGCGAGGGUGAAGCCGGCAAGAAGAAGUGCACGCCCGCUCUGGAGGAUUACUACGAGUGCCUUCACCACCGCAAGGAGGCCCUCCGUACAAUGAAGAUGCAAGCCGCCUACCGCAAGGCCGAGGCUGCCCACCCUCGUGAGAAUGCCCCGAAGGCAGAGCAGAUUCGCAGCCUGGGUCUGCUUGGAAAGGAAGAGGAAGCCGCGGCAGUGCUGGCACAACGGUGA